UUCAAAAAAGGAAACUAGCCGUUACGUAAUUUUCAUUCAAAACUCGAGCACCAUAUUGACCUUCACAAUCUUUAACAUUCUUGCUUCAACGACUUCUCUAUUUUCUUUUCUUUCUAAAAACACAAAUUCCCAUUGAAUUGAAUCAAAACCCAUCAUGGCAUCACCACCCAAGAUUUCUUCUUCUUCAUGUAAAAUGAACCCUAAUUUGAAAAAAGCUGAAACCCACGAUCCUAUGAGAAGAAGUUUCAGUGGAAAUCCUUUUACUAAGCCAUCUGUCAUCACUAAUCGCAAAGCAUUUAACCCAAAAACUCCGGCUAACAGUCCUUCAGGUUUUCCUCGAAGACAUUCCACUGGCCGGGAAAGUGUAGCUUCUUUGCGUGAUCCCGACAAGGAAAACAGUAGAGACCAGAAUCUCAAACCGACAAGAGUCAAAUCGCCUGCUCUUUUGAAGGGUGCGAAGAAUUUCAUGUCACCAACAAUCUCUGCUGCUUCAAAGAUCAAUGCAUCACCAAGAAAGCAAAUCUUGGUUGAGAGAAAUGAGCCAGCUCGAUCUUCUCUUUCGUUCUCUGAUGUAAAGAGCCUAACCAUGGAAGAUAACGGUGCAACAACGCCGGAGGUUGCUCUGAAGCAGAAGAAGGUCUCAUUCUCUGAUGUUAGAAGCGUUAUCACGGAAGAUAUUGAGUCAACACAGGAGAUUGGUUCGAACCAGAAGAAGGUUUCGUUUUCUGAUAAAAGCAUAAUCAUUGAAGAUACUGAGUCAACCCCAGAGAUUAGCUUAAACCAGAAGGUGCCAUUCGCUGAUACCGAACCAACUCCAUGGGGUUUGACUCAUGAACACGAGGAACCUUUGAAAAGCAAGGCAGAAUUUGAUCACAAGGAGUCCGUAAACGAUUCUGAUUCGGUUCCGAAGACUGUUGCAGAAGAAAAGGAUUCAGUUAAUGUGGAUCCCAGCUUCAAGAUUAGUCCUAGAGCUUCAAUCUCACCUUCUUGUCCUGUUUUGGCACCACUUGAUUCUGAUCCAUUGGUGCUUCCUUAUGACCCUAAAACCAACUACCUUUCUCCAAGGCCUCAGUUUCUUCACUAUAGACCAAAUCCUCGAAUUGAGCUUUAUCGGGAAAGAGACAGCCAGCAGCUCGAUGAACUCUUUGCAUCUGAAAGCCAUUCAGACACUGAUGUUACUGCAGAAACACUGACAGAAGGUUUGCAAAGAGAUUUGGAGGAGAUUUCUUCAGAGGAAACGGUGAAUGAAGGAGAAGAAGAGGGGCAUAAUGUCUCUGAAUCAAACCAGAGCUUGAAGGCUAACAGAACGUUAAAAUCACGUUUUUCAACCGGAUCAAAGUUCAUUACUUUGCUUCUGUUUCUGUGUUUUGCUUGCUUUUCAGUUCUAGUGGUUAAGUCUCCGGCCUUUACUAAUGGAAUGGAAGAAAUAAGCCUAUCAAAUUUUCAGGUGCCGCCUGAAGUUAGAGAGUUUGCAAAAGCCAAUCUUGAUCGUAUCACUCAAAAUCUACAGCACUGGUCAGCUAGCUUCUUGUCUUACAUUUCCGACAUCGUUUCCAGUUCAAGAGAAGUGCACAAACUGGGUUCCUUCCAGUAUGCUAAUUUGAGUCAUUUGAUAGAAGAUCGUAUGAUUGAGGGGCACCUAAAGUUUGAUCCCAGUGUAAUGGAGCCUGUAAGUGAGAGAGAUGCUGGAACUGAACUAUUUGAUAACAAGCAUUACCGAGAGAUUGAAGCAGAUGAUGCAGUAGACGAAGAUGAUGAUGAACAAGACGAUCAAGAGAAUGAAGCUUUUGAAACCACGGAACUAGUUUCAGAAGAACCUGAUGAAGUACAGCAAGGAAUUGAGGUUGAGAUGAUUGAACUAGAUCAUUUAGAGACAGAGGAGAGCAAGGGUGUUGAAUUUGCUGUUGAGAUGCAAGCUGAACUUCAGAGCAAUGUGGACACUGAAAACCAGCAAAGUGUGAUCUCACCGCAGGCUAGUGUAAUUCAACAUGAUGACUUGAACAAUGUGGACACUGAACCUCAGGGUGAUGGCUUGAACAACAUCGCUGAAACCUUCUUCCAUGAAGAAGAAAAGUCUGAGAACCUCAAAACCGAAGAUUUGGCUAACAACUUUCAAAGUUCUGAAGCUGUAGAUUUUACGAUUAAUGGACAAGAAGAAGACCAAUUUCUCAAAAAUAAUAAUAUGAUGGGGUUUUCUCUACUUGUCUUGUGUCUAUUAGCAGCUUCAGCUUUCAUCUACACAAAGAGAGGAAAGCCUUCCACACCAAAUGCUUCAGUGCCCAUGGAACAACCCAUGCCAUGCAAGAAAUCGGAAUACAGUCCAGUGUCAGUUAGCUCCAAGGAUACAAUCCUUGAAAAGAUACCCUCCAAGAAUUGGGAGACAGAACUAGAUAUAGCUAACGAGUUGUGCCCAUCAGAAAUGAGUAGCUACGAGAGGACCUCGUCUUCUUACAGCAACAAAGGACUCAAGGAAUCAAAUCAAUAUCAGAGCCAAGAAAGGAAGACUAGAAAACCUUACAGGAGAGAAUCUCUUGCUUCAUCAGAUUACUCUACAGGUUCACCUUCCUACGGCAGUUUUACCACAUUAGAGAAGAGACCUAGCAAGCAUGGUGGAGGAGUAGAAGAAGAGAUAGUUACUCCAGUUAGGCGUUCCAGCAGAAUCAGAAACCAAGUUACAUCUCCAUGACAAUUGACAAGUUACAUCUUAUGUGUGUAACAGUUGCACUACUGUGCAAUUCUAAUGUGAAUGAACCACUGUUGUUGGAUGCAGACAUUAGAUUAGGACUUAAUUGUACUGUUAUUCAUUGUUCUUUCCAUAACUUUGAAUAGCACUCCUAGCUUUCAAUUCUUUUUUUCUUCA